UGAGUCGAACAGCAACUCGGCCGGGGCUGUUACUCGCUGAGCGUGGUUUGUCAUCGAGGGACUUAUCUCGGGUUUGUUCGCUUGCGCGUGUGCGGCGUCUGUGAAACGGGCGAACUAAAGUUGUUUACGGGGUUAUUUUGGAUGCCAGAUCGUUUGUUUUCGGAAUAUGGCUCAGCGUGGACACCAUCGUGUUGCGAGUUCCCAAAAAGCUUUAAUGUUGGAGCUGAAAAGUCUCCAGGACGAGCCGGUUGAAGGCUUCAAAAUAACUUUAGUCGACGAGUCAGACUUGUACAACUGGGAAGUCGCGAUUUUCGGACCCCCGAAUACGCACUAUGAAGGGGGUUAUUUUAAGGCACGUAUCAAAUUCCCCAUGGACUACCCGUACUCUCCUCCUGCCUUCAGAUUCCUUACCAAGAUGUGGCAUCCCAACAUUUAUGAGUUUGUUUAAUUAUGCAUUUAUAUAUUAAAAUGUGUGUUUGUUUGUAUUCAGAGCGGGGAACUGCCGUCAGAGAGGUGGAACCCAACACAGAAUGUGAGGACAAUCUUAUUGAGUGUUAUCUCCCUGCUGAAUGAGCCCAACACUUUCUCGCCUGCCAACGUGGACGCCUCCGUCAUGUACCGCAAAUGGAGGGACAGCAAGGGGAAAGACCGCGAAUACGGAGAGAUCAUCAGGAAGCAGGUUCAAGCCACGAAAGCCGACGCCGAGCGUGACGGGGUGAAGGUGCCCACCACGCUGGCCGAAUACUGCAUCCGUACCCGUGCCCCACCUGCCGACGAGGGCUCCACCUUAUUCUAUGACGACUACUAUGAUGAUGAGGAGUUAGAUGAUGAUGAAGAGGAGGGUGAGGACUGUUGCCAUGAUGAAGACGACUCUGGGACAGAGGACUCUUGACGAGCAGCGCCCAAGCUUUCCGAACUCUCCGCUUCGGUUUUCCGUUUGGUUUCGUAGCUUUUAAAUCAAGUCGAAAAGUUGCAUUUUUUUUUAAGAGAAAAUUUUUCAGUUUUUGAAGAUCUGAGAUUGCACACAUCUGGAUGAUUUGCGUAGAGGUUAUGGAUCCCAAUGAAUUAAUUGUACGUCUGUUCAAGUAGCAACCAAAAGUUGCAGUGAACUCCAAACCGAGACGCUUUGGAUGUGUGUUUUUGUUUUAUUUCUUGUUGUUUUGGGGGGAAGGUUGGGUUUGCCCCAUCAGUGCGAAACAGUCCAGCUUAUGUUUAUUUGAUUCUCGAUAUCUUGCCUUUCAAAGGCACCUGAUCUCAGGUUUUCAGUGUCUGUGAUUCAACAGUAUUGGCGUCUUUGGUGGGAUAAAAAGUAGCUAAUACACAUUCUCAGGGCUACUUCUGUUUCUUACACCACAGUGCAUCAUAUUCUGCUUCUGUAGCCAAGGACUGAACUAUAUUCACUAUAUUUAGCUACUCUUUGACAUUUGCUGGUAUUUUAGUUUUGUUAUAUAUCCUUUUUCAUUUUAAACUUUUGUGGUGACUCUAGCCUAAAAUCCUCCUCAGGAAAAUGGACACAAGACUUUGGUGUGUUUGUGGCUGACCGCUUGACCCGAACAGACUUUUUAAACCCUUUCAGCAAAUUCAUGCACACUGGGUAUUUUGGGACACUUUCCCCUUCUUGUUUGUAUUUUUAUUUUUUUUCUCCUUUUUUAUUUUUGGUAUGCUUUGUAAAUCUAUUUAAAGUCUGAAUAAAGAUCUUUAUUAGAAUAACUGUAAUACAAUUGUUGAUGAAUAAUAAAAUUCAAUGAUAUAAUGAAUAAUAAAACGGUAAGGUAUCUGUGUAUAAUAUUUACUAACACUGCUACUGUUCCCAAAAUACAGAUUUUGCCACUAGAGGGCAGCAGUGGGCUUCUUAUUGUUAUGGUUUUCUUAGUUUUAUCAGCCUAACCAUAGUUAAUAGGUAAUGCUCUUAUCUAAAUUUUUUUAAUAACUUUUUUUUUUUUUAUAAACAUUCGAGUAAAGUUGCUGCAUUUUCUUCAAAGUAAAGCAGCAUGAAAUCAAAUAAUGACAUUAUGUCCUUCAUUUCUUUUGCAUAUUUAAGUGUGCCAAAUGGAUCAUUACAGGCCUAUAGUCAUAUAACAUUUAGUGAAGGGACCAAUUCUCACUAUGAACUAGUUGCUUAUUAGCAUUCUUAUAAUUAACAUAUUGCCUGUUUAUUAGUGCUUGUAAAGCACAUAUUCUGCAUGACCAUAUUCUACAUCCCUAAUCCUGCCCAAUACCUAAACUUAACUACCUUACUAACUAUUAAGCAGCAGCAAACCAGGAGUUUGAGACACAAAUUGUAGUUAAUGGUUUGUAAAUGGUGAGAAUUGGACCUUAAAGUCUGAUCGUUAUAAUUUCAAAAUCACAACAUGUUUAUGAUUCCCUUGUAUACGUGAAGUUACUUCAUAGUACCGUGUAAGUGAAGAAAAGGUUUAUGCUAGGAAAAAUGGAUGUGAAGGAAUAAUUUGCAUUUAAAAGGCAUUGAUCAUAGGUGGUUGACCUUUCAAUUGAAUGAAGAAUGAAUGGAGUUUGCUACAGCACUCAUAUGCCAAGAUCUAUUAUGAAGGUCCUUGAAGGAUGUCAUUGCAGUCUGGAGUUCUGCUGCUCAAUUAUGUUGUCAACAGACCUGGCUUGAAGGUCAGCUUAACUGAAAAGUCUUUGAUUGGAAGCACCACAGCGUAAAGCACUGAUAAAUUUACAGUAUCCGAUCUGUCCGUCCCAGAUCCGUUGCUAAAGUUCACAUAUCACUGCAUUAGUCAAACAGUGUGGGAACCCUGUAAAAGGGUUUUGCCUAUCUUGGAGGGCAAAUAAACUCGACGUAUAACCACAUUCUGUGUUGUGCUGAGACUUUGUGCUUCUUUACAGGUAGAGCUACUGCAUAUGAAGCAUCCUUAACCCAUCAUAACAAGGGCUUGCUUUCUAGACUGGAGUGUUGUUCUCACCCACUCCUCGACUGUUGCAGAUUGGUGGGUCGAGCGAUUCAGACAAGAGGGUGAUAGGAAAAACUUGAAGUCUCCCAGGAGGGUAUGAUUGUGGUGUUGUCUCCAAGGAAACCGUUGACGGGGAAUGGAGCGUAACAAUAAAAGCCCUACUGUGAAA